AUGGCUUCAACAAUUCCACUUGAUACCAAAACCUUGAAGGUAUCACCUGUUCAUCCACCUAAGAUAACAAGUGUCAAACCACUAGCUGAAUCAACUGGCCUCUCCUCCCUCCCUUCGAUUUACACCUUCACCCAUAAUCUCCAUGAUGAACCAAUAUCUGAUGAUCCAGAAGAGUCAAUCCCCAUUAUUGACGUCUCUCUUCUUGUUUCCGGUAGUCCUGAAGAACAGUCCCCAGUCAUCCAUCAACUCAACAAAGCCUGCUCAGAUUGGGGCUGCUUCAUGGUGAUUAAUCACGGUGUGCCAGAGAGCCUGACAAAGGCAAUGAUAGAAGUGUUUCAAGAAUUUUGCAACCUGCCAGAGGAAGAGAAGCAAGAGUUUCAUGGAAAUCAUGUUAUGGAUCCAAUCAGGUGUAGCACUGGUUUUAAUCCUUCAGUGGAUAAAGUAAACUUAUGGAGAGAUCAUCUCAAGUUCUACACAUAUCCUGAAUUUCACUCACCCAACAAACCUGUUGGGUUUAGUGAGAUUGCAUUGGAGUUAAGCAAAAGAAACAGAGAAGUAGCGAUAGUAAUACUGAAAGCUAUAUCAAAAAGCUUGGGACUGGAAGAGAGCUACAUAGAGAAGGCCUCCAAUUUCGAGUUGGGUUUACAAAUUCUUGCUGCUAACUUUUAUCCAGUUUGUCUAGAGCCAGAACGAGCAAUUGGCAUCCCCCCUCACUCGGACCAUGGUCUGUUAACCCUUUUGGUGGAUAAUGGAAUCUCUGGACUUCAAAUACAGCAUAAAGGAAAAUGGAUUAAUGUCAAUCUCCUUCCCAAUGCACUUUUUGCUCACAUUGGUGACCACUUGGAGAUUUUGAGCAAUGGCAAAUACAAGGGUGUUCUACACCAGGCACUUGCCAAUGACAAAGCUACAAGAAUAUCCGUAGCCAUGCCACAUGGACCAUCGCUAGACACAGUUAUAAGGCCAGCACCAGAGUUUGUUGACAAUGAAAGUCAUCCACCUAAAUACAUUGAAAUAACGUACAAGGAGUAUGUGAAAUUGUUGCUAAGUGGUAAGAUUUGUUCUAAAUUUCGGUUGGAUUUUGAACAAAGCAAAGCAGUCUAUGCUAGUUGA